AUGGAACCCCAAGAAACCUCCCUCAAAGUCAUUGACGACCUCCAAGCCGCCCUCUUUCGAGUCAUCGCCUUCAGUUGCGGCAAGAAGGACCAGUUCAUAGUGGAUGCGUCAGGGAAGCUCGACACAGCCAACGCCCACCUCGCCAUUCUCGAGAUGAAGCUUGACUCCAAGCCCGGAUACCCCGAAACCCUAGCCCUCGGGGUUACUUCCAUUGAAAUCACCUCCACGUUGCCUCAAGUGUUUAGGGCCUUCUCCCAGAUUUGGAGUUCUAUUAGGAGUGCCAGAAAAUUGAAGAUGUUAUUUGGGUAUUUACUAUAA